CAAAACAAAACAAACCAAAAAAAAAAAAAAAACAACCGCAUUAGCAUUAUACAGUAAUACUAGUUGUACCCCUCCACACACACCCCAAGUCCCAACAUUUUAUCCACCAAGAUUCACACUACACAUCUCCCUCCCUCUCUCUCUCACUCUUAACCCCAUUAUUUUUUCCUCCUCAGAUCUCUCUCCGAACUUACUAUUACAGUGAUCAUAAUCUAGCUCCAAUGGCUCUAAUGCUUGACAAUUGCGAAGGCAUACUACUCUCCUUAGACUCCCACAAGUCAGUCCCCGCACCAUUCCUCACAAAAACCUACCAGCUCGUCGACGACCCCUCCACCGACCACAUCGUCUCUUGGGGCGAAGACGACACCACCUUCGUCGUUUGGCGUCCUCCGGAGUUUGCCAGAGAUCUCCUUCCCAACUACUUCAAGCACAACAACUUCUCUAGCUUUGUCCGCCAACUCAACACCUACGGUUUUAGAAAGAUUGUACCAGACAGAUGGGAGUUCGCGAACGAGUUCUUCAAGAAGGGAGAAAAGCACCUGCUAUGCGAGAUCCACCGGCGAAAGACGGCUCAGCCGCAAGUGUCUCUCAACCACCACCACCACCAUCACCAUCCACAUUCUCAUCAUCAGAUCGGAAUCAACGGCCCUAGUUUCUUCCCCUUCUCCAGCACCACCGGCAGAGUCAGCAUCUCUCCCUCCGACUCCGACGACAACCCCAACAACUGGUCCUCCUGCGACUCACCCCCGCUAAUGUCAUCCCCGAGAGGGCCCACCGCGGCCAUCGUCGGCGGAGUGUCAUUGGGUAACUUCGGCGGCGGCGGCGGCGGCGUCACCAGCUCCGUCACGGCUCUCUCCGAGGACAACGAGAGGCUUAGACGGAGUAACUCAAUGCUCAUGUCUGAACUCGCCCACAUGAGAAAACUCUACAACGACAUCAUUUACUUUGUUCAGAACCAUGUCAAGCCUGUCGCACCAAGCAACGUUUCCUACCCAGCAGCUUCUCCUGUGCUUCUUUGUAAUGCGAGUAACGGCGGUGGUGCUACUAAUAAUGCCUCUUCGGUUGUGCUGCAGAAGCCUUUGAACCAGCUUUUUGGCUACUACCCAAGUGGUACUACUCAUGUUAAUAACCCUAAGGUACAAUUAAACAAUCUUCACGCCAAUCAUGGCGGAUUAAACUCACCGUCGACGACGGCGAAGAGCUCGGUGACGAUUCUCGAAGAGCGAAAUACUACUACUAAUGGAUGCAAAACCAAGCUGUUUGGCGUGCCUCUUCAUUCAAAAAAGAGGUUGCAUCCCGAGUAUGGUUCGGGUAAUGCGACCAACAACAUGGAAAAUAAUAAGGCUCGUUUGGUUCUAGAAAAGGAUGAUCUAGGCUUCAAUCUCAUGCCUCCUUCAACAUGUUAGUCUCUUUCUUUUUUCUCACAUCAAAUCUAUUCAAGAAUAUGAAAGCUUCUUACUUUUUUCUUUUCUGAUCUUUAUAAAUUUUCUAGUUUGGUUUUCUUUUUUCGGGCUUCUGAUUUUAGGGGGUCUAGAAUCAGAUGAUCAAAUUGUUAGUGAAAUAUAUAUGCGUGUGUGCGUGUGCGUGCCUGUAGUGUGGAUGUUUGUGAUGGAGUCUGUGUAUAUAUAACUUUAGCGUCGGUAGUAUCUUUUGUUUCUUCUCACCGCCAUGAAUGGCAGGUGCGUUUUGGUUAGAGUGAAGAUCUCAAAGUAAGUUAAAU